AUGAGAAACACGCUAGGAGUGGUCAUUUUACUGACCUUAAUUCUCCCCUGGAAAUUAAGUGAUUCGGUAACCUAUAAGUUGACCAACUUUAGGUGUCAAAGCUAUGAAAACUCCUUCGUUACGAUCAAUCAAUGUCGCUUGAAGGCGAUCAGCAGGAACAAGACUAUACUUAAUUUCAAUGCCUCCUUGGCCAAUCCGGCUAAUAGCAUUUUCCUGGAAUAUCAAAUGCUUAAAAGAGCAAAUGGAUAUAAGCCCUGGCUCUUUAACGUAAAAGUCGAUGGAUGUCGAUUCCUUAGAAAACCCUACGAUCCCAUUACCGUCUUAAUAUAUAAUGUUUAUAGAAGAUUUUCCAACGUUAACCACACUUGUCCAUUUACAGGCGACAUUUUAGUAUUGGGAAUGUAUCUGACAACACAGAUAAAGACAAUUCCAUAUCCAACAGGUGACUAUAUGCUGUCUAUGAAUUGGAUCUUCAAUCAUAAACCACAAUUUAUCACAAAUGUAAGUUUUCAAUUCGUUGAGGAUUUGUGA